AACUAAAAAAUAAAAAAAAUAAUCUAGUAGCAUCUUCGGUUGGUGGCCUGGCAUUUUCAAUUUCAUCUGGCUGAUCUGGACAAGAGAGGGUCUGGCUAUGGUGUCGCUUCAACCAGUGACUUGCCGUUCUUCUUCUUCUUGUUUCGUUACUGGCUCUCUUCAGUGUUGUCGCUCCCUCUCCGCAAGCUUUGCCCCAAAACCAAGAAAACAUCCUCCUCCUCCUCGUCUUUUCAUCUGCAAAGCCUCAUGGCAAGAGCUUGCUGGAGUUUUAGUAUUCUCAGCGAUUCCAUUCACUGCCGUCAAAGCUAUAGCUAAUAGUCCGCUAGGGGAGUCGCUUCAGAGGAAAAUGGAAGAGACAAAGAAAUUUGCUAUACAAAACUCCUCUAAAUUCAAGGCUGAGGCUCACAAGGCCAGGAAACAGAGCUUUUGGUAUGGAGAAGGUCGGCCUCGUUGGCUCGGUCCUAUUUCAUAUGGCUACCCAUCAUAUCUCAUUGGGGAACUUCCCGGUGAUUAUGGCUUUGACAUUGCUGCCCUUGCCAAGGAUCCUGUGGCACUGGACAAAUAUUUCAACUUUGAGAUAUUGCAUGCUCGCUGGGCUAUGCUUGCAUCUGUUGGUGCUCUCAUUCCUGAGUUGCUAGACCUAUUGGGAGCCUUUCACUUUGUAGAACCUGUUUGGUGGCGGGUUGGUUAUUCAAAGCUCCAGGGAGAUACUCUCGAUUACCUUGGCAUCCCAGGUCUUCACUUGGCUGGAAGCCAGGGGGUGGUUGUGAUUGCUAUUUGCCAAGCACUCCUUAUGGUUGGACCAGAAUACGCUAGAUAUUGUGGGAUUGAGGCAUUGGAGCCUCUAGGAAUAUAUCUGCCCGGUGAUAUAAACUACCCUGGAGGAGCAUUAUUUGAUCCCUUAAAUCUGUCCAAAGAUCCUGAAGCAUUUGAAGAGCUAAAGGUGAAAGAAAUAAAAAAUGGACGCUUGGCAAUGGUGGCUUGGUUAGGCUUCUUCAUGCAAGCGGCACUGACGGGUAAAGGUCCUGUACAGAACAUUAUGGAUCACAUCUCCGAUCCUUUCCACAACAACUUGCUGGGGUUACUCAAUUCAAUGAAAUUACACUAGGAUAUAUAAAAGUUGGAUAGUCUCCAAGAAGUUUUUCUUUCCAAAAUUAAUAUCAAUAUGUCUAUAGUCCUAACAAAUGAGAGAUGUCAUAUUCUUUGGUUGUUCUUUCCAAAAUUAAUAUCAAUAUGUCUAUAGUCAAUGAAAUUUUUAUACUUAUACUUA